UGUUGCUAAUUCCGUUCUUUGCAGGGAAGCCGAAGGCUGGGCCGUGCUCCGGAGGGAUGAGCCGAUGAGCAGUAGGACCCAGGAGGCAGCUGCUGUAGUUUUGCUCAUAACAGUGACAACACCGAGCUGUUUCGGAGAGUAUGGGCUGGUUAUGGCUGCAUUCUGUCUGCAGAGAUCCCUCACAUUAAACAGCACCCGGAUGGCCGGGAUAAGCCUGGGAAUAUAAGCGGACCCCCUAGAGAAGCGGCUGAUGCAGGCAGGACACUCCACAGAUCAAGGAUUACAAGGAACCUUCGUCUAAAUGGGUCCAGUGAUGCCUCCCAGUAAGAAGCCGGAGGGGACGGGAAUCAGCGUUUCCAGCCAGUGUUUCCGGAGUAGCACAUUAUCGAAUCCGCUUCAGGAUGACGACGACUUAGACUUCUCUCCCCCGCCUGUAAAGACUAAUAAGGAGAAAGGCGGCAUGGAGGACGAGGAGCUAACAAAUUUGAACUGGCUCCACGAGAGCAAAAACUUGCUGAAAAGUUUUGGGGACUCUGUGUUACGGAGUGUCAGUCCCGUUCAGGACAUCGACGAUGACACUCCACCCUCCCCCGCCCAGUCAGACAUGCCCUACGAUGCCAAGCAGAACCCCAACUGUAAGCCCCCCUACUCCUUCAGCUGUCUCAUAUUUAUGGCUAUCGAGGAUUCUCCCACCAAGAGACUUCCUGUGAAGGAUAUUUACAAUUGGAUUCUGGAACACUUCCCUUACUUUGCCAAUGCCCCCACGGGCUGGAAGAACUCAGUGCGACACAACCUGUCCUUAAAUAAAUGCUUCAAGAAAGUGGAUAAGGACAGAAGUCAGAGCAUUGGUAAAGGAUCCUUGUGGUGUAUAGACCCUGAAUACCGGCAGAACUUGAUACAAGCCUUGAAAAAGACGCCCUACCACCCAUACUCCCAUGUUUUCAACACACCCCCCACCUCUCCUCAGGCCUAUCAAAGCACAUCGGUCCCUCCUCUGUGGCCCGGAAGCAACUUCUUCAAGAAAAAUGGAGCUUUGCUUCAAGAUCCCGACAUCGCCGCUGCCAGCGCCAUGAUGCUAUUGAAUUCUCCACAUGAUUUACACGCAGGUUUUUCCCCUGGAGUGAUACAAAAUGGAGCCCGCGUCCUCAGCAGAGGGAUCUUCCAGGGCGUCAGACCUUUACCAAUCAACCCUAUUGGAAGUAUGGCUGCUGCUGUAAGGAAUGGGAUCGGAAACUGCCGCAUGAGGACGGAGAGCGAGCCGUCGUGUGACUCCCCGGUAGUCAGCAGUGACCCCAAAGAGGACCACAAUUACAGCAGCGCCAAAUCUGCCAUCAAAAGAAGCUCAUCCCCUGCCAGCGACUCCGUCUCGUCCUCCUCCGCCGACGACCAUUAUGAGUUCGCCGCCAAAGUCUGCCGGGACGGCUGUGACAUCAGCUUCCAGAGCCACGAGAGCUUCAGCGAGACAGAGGAAGAUGACAAAAAACAGGUAAAGAAAGAGCCCAAGGAUUCUUUUGGGGACAGCGGCUACUCCUCCCAACACAAGAAAAAGCAGCACCUGCUGAAAUUGCGACGGAUCCCCAGCGACGCCCUGCCCCUGAAAAAGAGACGCACAGAAAAACCGCCCGAGAGCGACGACGAGGAGAUGAAAGAGGCGGCCGGCUCUCUCUUACACUUGGCGGGAAUCCGGUCUUGUUUGAAUAACAUCACCAAUCGGACGGCCAAAGGGCAGAAAGACAAGGAAACGACGAAAAACUAGAGGAAAAUCCGAUUUUGGUGAACUUUGGACCGUUUCCUUACGCACGUCAGGAAUUUUAACAAUUUUGUGGCAAUAUCAACCAUAUUUUUCUUUUUCCCUUAUUUUUAAUUUUAUUUUUGGGGGUGGGGUGGGUUCCCUUAUAGUGUUUUAUUUUUUAAAGGAUAUUGAAGCCAUAGAACUCAGCCAACUUACAAACGCUUUUCAUUUACCGAAAAGGAAUAAAAAAAAUGUCAAAUACCAAAAUUUUACAGUCACAGUCGCCAACCAAGCAGGCGGUGACAAAACAAAAAAAAUCACAACCCCCAAGAUGGAAAUUGGUGCUCCGACCCUCUGGGGGGCUUAGGACGCAGGGUGCUGUUCCCGGAUCCCGCAGCCUUCCUUUUUAUCUUCCUCCGGCGGUGCCCACGGUUCUACAGCAGAUUCGGUAACAACUUCGCCGCUGCCGCCAAGCCUUCUGUGCCAUAGAUCUGACCCGUAACCUUCUCCCUUUUUUUUUCGUCGUCCCCCACCCGGAUGCAAAGAAAAGGAAAAAUAAAAAAUCAUGGAGUCCUACAGUGUUGCCAAUUGCUAUUGUAUUCAAAUUAUCACAAUUUAAUCCUUUCCGGAUUAACCCGUUCUCUCCCGGACGGAAUGCUGCCAAUCGGCGACAAAGCUAAGGAAACCGCAUACAGACGACUGCCAGAACGACGCGGAUCACCCCCCCCCCCCCCUCUUCCGGCUGAUGGAAACGAAAAAAAACAAACUACAAAGCGCUACGGAACCUGCCGCCAGUAUUCAGCUGCCACGAAGCGCCUAGAAUCAGGUCGACCACCAGAAACCACAAUCGUUUCACACACAGGUGCAUGGAUCUCAUGACAAGAAACAAGUUCUGGGGCUUUAUUUUACUUUUUUGUUUUUUGUUUUUUUUUCCAGAGACGAGCGCCGUUCUUGUAAGGUAAAUCUGUAUUUAGCAUGACGCAUGGAUUAUUUUCAUAUAAAUAGAGAAAAAAAAAAAGGCAACGCCUCUAAUGUUAGGCCCAGGGCCUGGACUUCAGUUACCCCUGCCCCUGUUAUUUUUUAUCAGAUUUUUUUGGAAGCAGGUUUCUAAGGUCUAACCUUCUUCAGGGACACACAUUUGACUGUUGGGGAACUUCUUCUCUCUGCAAUAUAAUAAUAAUUACAGCUCAUCCUCUCGUCGGGCUCGGAUCUGCCUUGUCUUUAUAUUCAGCCCAACGUACAACCCUACUGUGCUUCUCUGUUAUAUAGAAAAAAGAGUUUAUGUCCUUUAUGUCUUAUCGGAUAACAUAAGGCAAUAAUAUGUUGGUAAACUGGGCAAUGACGGCGGCUGGCGGGGUGCUACAAGCUUUACUGGUUCAGAGAGUUCUGCUCCUGCGGGUCGUCACGUGCGUCUUCUGCUCACCUUCAUGACGUCCUCAGGCUUUAGGUCUAUGGUUCCUGCAAACACAAAACCCUCAGUGUGCGACAGUACUUCCCGAUAUACACGGCUUGAGCCUACAGUCGUUUGGUUUUUUGUUUUGUUUUUUGACCCCCAUUUUGCAGAACAGGUUCAGAUAUUGGGGGCCCAAUGCAAUCUGUGGCCAUAGUUUCUGCUGUGUUCAAUUCUCCGCUCCUGAUCUGCUCUUUCGUUCAAGUGCCAUUAAUCACGAACCAGAACACAUUAUACGUGUGGCUCACUGCCUUUACGUCACGCUGCUAACAUGUGCAAUACAUCACACCUGCACUAGGGGGAGCACUUCUGUAUGUGUACAUGGGGUACAGGGGUGACUUUUAGUGCUUAAUGGGACCCAGUAAUUGCGGCAACCCUGCCAAACGCUGUAACCGAUGAGACAGCUUCCUGCCUCGAAACGCUUACCCUGAUUGGCUGAAUUGAAGUGAAAUUCUGCAGAUCAUAUUUUAGACCUGGUGAAAUGUGAACAGCUUCAGAUGGCGGCCGCUCUCCUGCAUCUUAAAAGCACUUAA